AUGGAUGGUGAGGGCCGCGAGAGAGCCCCCGAGACCACACGAACCCAGGGCGGGCCGAAUCGAUUCGCCAUCGGUAAGAGCGAGGCCGUUCCAGUAGUGCUGCAAUGGCUUGAAAACAAUUACGAGCAGCACUUCGACGAGUCGACCCCCAAGCAGGACGUCUAUAACGAGUACUCCGAUUUCUGCAAGAAGCACCGAAUCGAGCCCACAUCCGCAUCCGCCUUCGGUCGAUUGGUGCGCCUGGCCUUCCCCGCCACCACCUCUCGUCGAUUAGGCGCUCGCGGCGCCAACGUCACCGUCUACAAUCACUUCCGCCGCCGAGAAGAUGCCGACAGUCGCUCCAUCCAGCUCACCGCGCUGUCGCAGCAGCCUCCAUCUCCAUCCGGUCCUCCAUCUCUCAACUCGCUUGAUGGCGAUAACCGGCUGCGCGGAGGAGGUAGCAGCAAGGUCGCAGAUGGCCGCACCGCCAGCGUGGAAGAUUUGAAGCAGGGUCGAACCUCUUCGCUCAAUGGGCCGCGAUCGUCGAUCGACGAAGCAUCUCGGAUGGAUCAGAUUGACGAAGACGAACCCGACGAAGAGAGCCUCUACAAAGGAGCGAACAGUGGCUGCUUCGCCGACGGCGGAUUCCUCUCGCUCGCUGGCCGCCAGCAUUCGACGUGCACAACACCGAGCACCUCCACGAACGCGGGCCUUGCCUCGAUCAUCUUCGACGAGUACCAGUACGAUGCGCUCGAAGGCGGCGCCAGCGGCGCUAACCUCCUCAUGAAGAUGCUGAAGAGCGAAGAGAACGGCGCCGAGCUGUACGACAGCCUCCAUCGAAUGCUCUACGGCGCGCGGGCCUACCGCAAGGACGGGAUGGAGCUUGAGGAGGAAGCCGCGCGAAUCAACGCCGACGCCGACGCUGCGGGCAAGCAGCUGCAGCUCUAUCGAGGGACAUACCAACCCGGACAGCAGCACCAGACCAUCGGCUACCAGGAGGAAAGAAAGCCCGGUUUGUGGAACGCCGAUACCCACCUGCACCUGAUGAAGCUCUGCGAAACCUAUCGGGAUUGCUACACACAGAACCUGUGGCUGCUCAAUCCACUCCACCCGGCUGCCUUGGAGGACGACAACAUCAGAUAUAUUAUGUGCACGGACGAAGGCGCCGAGGAGCGUUCUCCCCUCUCGCUGUCCAUCUACUGGAUCCUCUACAGCGGAGCUCUCAUGGCGGGCCACGUCGAACGUGCGGUGGAGUUCUACAGCAAGGCUCGUGAGCACCUGGGCCACGUGUUUGACCAAACCGACUCUUCAAUCUCGCUCGUGCUACUGCCCAUGGCCUAUCAUUCCCGCUUUUGGGCCGACACCGAGGAAGACGGAUUGAGCAAGUGCGCCUACUACCUCACCCUCGCGAUGGAGAUCUGCAAGCGUAUAGGGUGCCUCGGCAGCAGCGUCUACAUAUCAUGCCUACAGAUGUACGCCUGGUUUUGUAUGACGGAUAAUACCAGUCUGUCAUAUGAGGAGAAGCUGCAGGAGGUCAAGAAGGGCUCCUACUACCCGACGAUGCCGAUGUCCCUGCAAACCGCCGCCAUUCCGCGCAACGCGAGGACCUCCGUGCACAUCCCAAUCUCGCACCUUCAAAUGGUGGAGAAGAUGUUUGGCGUCGUGGGCAACAUCAUGAAGGGCAUCUUCAUCUUCAAGUCAACCUGCGGCACGCUCAUGCGCUACGUGCUUGGCUAUUUCCAGGAACCGAGCCGGGAGAGGCCCUCGUCCUCGCCGGCCGUGCAGCACGCCAGGCAAAGGCGGCGAAGCGACCCGACCGAAACCCGGCUAACCGGCGACGACGGCAGGCAGCACCAACAGCAACAUCAACACCAGCAGCAACAGCAGCAGCAUCACUACGAAUACGAGUACGACCAGCGAGACUUCGUGGCGGCCUACCCCAACAUGUUCCGGGCCAACACCACCCUGCAGCCCCUUCUCCUGCCCCUGGAGACCAUGGAGCAGGACCUGGAGCUUCUGAUGAAGUCGGACAACCCGCUGCCGCUCAACAUCUACAUGAUGUUCAAGCUGUGGAUCCUGGGCGAGCGCGCCGAAUGCUUCUGGUGCAUGGGCCAGCCCCGCGAGGCCCUCCAGAUGGCGCUCCACUUCCUCGAGGUGUCCAAGCGGUCCACCAAGAACUUCAUCUCGCACUACGUCUCCAUUCAGCCCAUUCUGGAAAUGGUGCUGAACAUAUUCCUGGCCAUGUUCCGGUUUGAAGAGUUCCGAGAGCUCCUGGACGCGAUCCUCGAACCGCUCAACUCCAAUAUUCCUCACGUCGCUCGCUCCAAGGCGCGCUACUUCUCAGCGCUCUUUGCUGCCAACCCCGUGUUCUCCUCCUCGGCCGAGAUCGACACCUCGGGCACCGUCCCUCGACCUCUCAGCACUUCUGAGUCGGGUAGCGAUUCGCCCGAGGGAGUGAGUGGCAGCUCUGGCAGUGAGAGCGGUGGCAGCUGCUCGAGCAACAGGAACAGCUCGGCCGGCCGACCGGGCAACGCCAGCGGCAGCGACGAGUCGCCGCCCUCCUACGGCGGCAACGACAGCAGUGACGAAGGAGGCGAUCAGAUGGCUGGGCUCACACGCGCCUCGUGA